CUUACAUACCGAUAACACGAUCAUGGUCACGUAGUUGUCGGUUAGUCUCUCGACCUUAAAAGCGACAAAUUUCUCAAAGUUAAGUUCAUUUACUUUAAUAAGGAAACUCAAGCACAGCUCUUGAGAAGUUUUUUUCAGAUCGCGGAAUAAAAAUGUCCUCAGCAAUGCUGAAAGAUCCCAACCACACAAUUACAGAGAAUGGUGUGCAUUGCUCAAAUUCAGACUGUGUGCUUCCAAUGUGCAUCAACUCAAAGCUUGGUAACCUUAUCAAGAAAAGCACUGACUGCAAAAGAGCUGAAAAAUCUAAGGCAACUACGGAUACGAGCCUGAAAAAUGCUGCUGACUGUAAAAUGAGCAGCGUCGCCGCAAAUGGAGAUAUGGAGCAAUGGUGGAGAGACCUUCAAAGCUUGGGGAUUCUGGAUCAGUUUCCCAGUAACACCCACACUGACCGGUCAUUCCUCUAUGAACAAAAUGAUUCUUCUCCCAGUCAGUUAGGCGCCAUACUAAGACCAUGUUUCAGCCAAGGGAUCCGAGUGCUUGGAAAUCAAACACAACCUUGCAUACCACAGGUGCAUCCAGUCUCUUCUAUUGUCCCCAAUCUACCUUUCUUUGGUGACGGACUCUACCAAGACACACAAACGGUGGUAACAAACCCCUUAAUUCAGUCUGGAAUUGCCAAACAUGAAACAGAUCCUCUGAAAGACUCUGAUGCAUCCAGGUCAGCCAAGUCUGGAAAGUUGUUUGAGAUUCUCUCCUUGAUCUUUCAGGCUCUUGAGGGCCCUCAUACAGAAAAUCUUGAGGAGCACUAUGUAUCUGCGUUACAGAAGGCCCUUCAUGAAAUUCAAGCGGUUAAGAGUCUGUGUCAUCUUUAGAGAAUGAAAUAUUCAUUCACUGCUGCCACAAGAAGAAACAGCCCAGUCUUCUAAUAAACGUAAAGCAUAAGGUUUCCUUAAACGACUGGUACAUGCAUAGGGCUACAAGCUAUAGAGUCUUUCCUUAGUGGAGUUUACCAAGUACCUAGGUAGAUGCAUGCUAUGAGGUAGGUUUUUUGAUGCACGUUUUAAUGCAUUACCACCACAGAAACGAUGUACACAUGAUCAAAUUAAUUUUAGGAACACAAUAGCCUCCAAAAUGACAACCAACAAUGAAAGUUCAUCAUUAAAAUUUUAUUGUAAAUCCUCAACAGAUAUAGGGACUACAAUUAUUUGCUACACUGAAACACCCAACAAAAUUCUAUGAUUUAGACAGAUCACAGCUGAUUCUUUGAAUUUAAAUGUAAAUAUGUAAGUUAUUGUUACUUACGUAAAUGUUUCUUGUAAUUAGUUGUUUUUUU